UUUACAAUUCAGACGGACAGGCCGGCAGUACAGCAACGCGGGUUGUGACGAAUAUGGAGCGUCCAGUAAAUUAGAAUAUGUAGCCACGCUGGCAGCCGGAGAGAACGGCGAACUGGUGCGGGGUUUAAAUGGGAAAUCUGAUGGGGAGCUGGCGGUACAAGGAGCCAAGCACAGUGGAGGAAUGCGACUCGACCUGGGAGACGGACUCGGAGAGCGACGAGCCGCAGCCAGGCGAGGAAGACAGUGGGAUAUCCGAGUCCAUCAGCCCGACAGAUUCGGGGAAAUGUGCCGAGCAGCUGGUCUCUCCUCAGCAGUUCGACGACUCGCAGGAAUCCACAGCUAAAAUGAAACGGAGCUUUUAUGCAGCCAAGGACUUGUACAAGUAUCGCCACAACUACCCGAACUAUAAGGAGCCCCGGCAAUCUGAGUACCGAAAUUUGAGGUUCUACAUGAACAAGAUCCCUCUGGUCCCAGAUGGAAUUUACAUUGAAGAAAUUCUCAACAAAUGGAGAGGAGACUAUGAAAAACUUGAGCAUAACCACACGUACAUACAAUGGUUAUUCCCGCUGCGAGAACAAGGCCUGAAUUUCUAUGCCCAGGAACUCACUCAGGUUGAGAUUAAGGAAUUCCAGAGCACGCGGGAGGCCAAGCGUCGUUUCCUGCUGGCGUACACGGUCAUGCUGGACUUCUUCGGCAUCGCGCUCCUGGACAAGAGCGGGAACGUGACCCGGGCCUCCAACUGGCAGGACCGCUUCCAGCACCUCAACGAGUCUCAGCACAACUACCUGCGCAUCACGCGCAUCCUGAAGAGCCUGGGAGAACUGGGCCUGGAGAGCUUCAAGCCCCCGCUGGUGCGUCUCCUGCUGGAGGAGGCGCUGGUGCAGGGCACGCUCCCCAACAUGCUCCACAGCGCGCUGGAGUACUUUGUGUUCACGCUGCGCGACCGAGCCCAGAGACGCACCCUGCUGCGCUUCGCCCAGCUGCACUACCGCCCCCCCGAGAGCUUCCUCUGGGGGCCCCCCAGGAGGAGAAGGGCGGGGGUCGCCCGGGGAACGGCGUCCGUCAAACCCGCCGCCCAGCAGGAGAAGAGCGGGGCCAAAAGCAGGGCCGCCCCGGAGGACGCUGGGAAGGGCCUCGUCUCUCCGGAGAAGGAGGGAGUCCGGGGAGAAGCGGAGGAGGAGGAGGAGGAGGAGGAGGAGGAGGAGGGCAGCUUGGGGGCUUCCAAAGUGCAGAAAAGGGAGGAACAUUCCGUGGGCACCAGAUCUCCGAGCGCCACCCCCGAGCGCCCACGAGCAGGGAGGGGGGAGGGGAAGGAGCAGGCUGACAUGGAGGAGCUAAUGGACUCCACCCCACUCUAAGACUGGAAUGCUCAGGAUUCUGGGAUUGGGAGUACAAAUCUCCCAUAGCAAUAUCAUCCCAUUGCCCCAACACCCCCUUCUCUGGAAAAAUCUUUGCGUACCCAGUGGUUAGGAGUUAAGAUAUUGGCUAAUCACCUUUUUUGCUGUAGUUCUUACCUGAAUCCACUAACCUGACUCUGCUGAAGGAACGUUAGCACACAAGUAGGAACACAGAAUCACGGUAGAGGUUCCUAAAGUGUACAUGUCCUGUGUUGAGUAUCGCACCAUUGACUACUAUACUGUCUUCCUUUAUAGAGAUGUCUGUCACGGUUUGGCGUUGAUAUAUCUGCAAGCUGCUAAGUGAGGCUAUAACCAUUGUCCGAUGCCUUGUGUUUCAUAGGUUUCGUAUCCUUUCCGUUGACUUUUGCGGCUUCUUGUAGAUCCACGUAGUUGUAAACCUUGAAGUAUAAUCGUCAGGUAUUGGUAGUGCGCCAGUUCAACCGGUAGUUCUGCGCAUUUGUGGGACUAAGUUUUUUUUAAAUAUGAAAGUGCCUCCUUUUUAUAUGUGACACGUCUUUUGAGUACAAAUACUGUUGCCACGCUGCCUGACCCGUUUUAAUGGGUUUGAGCCGGAAUGGUGGAACGUGUUUCUCUUUACUCCUGUUCUUCCAAGAUUAUUCAAUAUGAAAUGGCAACUAAGGCACGCGCUCUCCUCUCUCUGGUGGGCAUGGCAACUGGAAGCACCAGACUGCCUGUAUCCAGCCUAUUUCAGGGUGAUCUGCAUCAGACCUGGGUUCAAAUAGUAUUUGUUUUGGAUUCAAAUACCUUUCUGGAUUUGACUAAGCUGGUGUAUACGAACAAAUGAAAUGAACCCUACCCAUCUGCUCCUCCAUGCAGGCUCAGGCAAGAUCCAGGCAAGAGAAGUAUUUGAAUCCGAAACAAAUACGAUUUGAACCCAGAUCUGAUCUGCAUGUGUAGCAGGCCUGGGCGUUUAAACUGAGUCAAUUCAGGAAUCGAACUGAAAAACAAUUCAUCGUUGAUUUGAACAAAUGAGUGUAAUGUUCUUUGAGGGCUUUUUUCCAACCGGUGAAGUGAAUUCAAGGUUACUUCCUGAACUGACCGAAUUGAGAGGGAACUGAUCCCUGACCCAGCAUGAGGUUAGCGUUAGCAUUAGUGCCGCGGUGCAUCUGAAACACGGGCGGAGCAAGCUUAUCUGCUAAGGGGCAGUUGAAUCUCCAUGGCAACGCUGGCCUCUUUCCAUAGGGCUGUAUAGUGCAGAGGCUGGUGCUUAUAGGGGGGGGGGGGGCAGAUCCCCCCUUGGCAGUGGUUUGAAAAGGUGCUUGGUGGUUUGGGCCACACCCAAGGGCAGGCAUUCAGAGGGGUGUCACUGUGCACCCCCACCGUGCACCUCCACAUGGUACAUCCUAACCAUGUCACUGUGGUUGUCCUGGUAACUAGUCUCCGGAAACGCAAGGUGCGGUUCGAUAAUUGUAUUUUAUAAUUCAGUACUUGUAUUGCAAUGUUACUGUUGAUGUGGCAGUAGUUUCUUUUUAUGGCCGACUGCUGUAUUAAAGUAUGGUAUAUGAAAACUA